AAUUUUUAUGAAACUUCAUAGAAAUGUUAACCACUAUGAGAAGCCGUGUCAUGCACAUGAACCAGGCCUCUAGGUCAAACGUCUAGGUCACAGUUAAGCAUCUUUGAAAAACGCUUGUUCGGAGCAAAACUUCUUCAUGCAUAGAGGAAAUUCUUGGCAGGAAUGUUCACUAUUGUGAGGCAGAGUGGCACAUUGCAAAAUUUAGGUCCCUGCCGCCAAGGUCAAGGUCACACAUAGGGGUCAGAGUUCAGAUAAAAAUAUGAAAAUGUGUAUUCGGACCAUUAAGUCUAUAGUAUAUGUAAGGUUAAAUUAUGGAAUUUUCACGAAAUUUGCUAUAAAACUAACUGCAACUAAGUUUUGGAAAUUAAUGAAUGGAUUAUUUUCAUACUUGGAUGAAACAAGCUUUUGGACAAGAACUUCUUAAAGAGGUGUUUAUAUGUAACAAAGUAAACCUAUUGGAACAGGGACGGCACAGAUGUUCAAGAGACUCUUAUAAAGGACUUUUUCUAGUUUUAAUAUACAAGAAUAUUGAACAGACUAAAGCAAUAAUGCUAGUGAUAAGAUUUAUUAAGAAUGAUUUCUUGUUCAAAAACGACAAUACACACUGGGGAGAAGGAACAUAGAUGUGAUAUCUGCGAUAAAACAUUUUCUAAAGCAUGUCAUCUAACUGCACAUAUGACAAUACACACAGGAGAGAAAAACUUCUCCUGCGAAAUCUGCAAUAAAUCGUUUGCCCGAAAAAGUGACUUAAUUAGACAUGAGCAAAUACAUACAGGAGUUAAGAACUAUAGUUGCGAAAUAUGCAAUAAAUCGAUUGCCCGAAAAAGUGACUUAAUUAGACAUGAGCAAAUACAUACAGGAGUUAAGAACUAUAGUUGCGAAAUAUGCAAUAAAUCGUUUGCCCGAAAAAGUGACUUAAUUAGACAUGAGCAAAUACAUACAGGAGUUAAGAACUAUAGUUGCGAAAUAUGCAAUAAAUCGUUUUCCCGAAAAAGUUAUUUAAUUAGACAUGAGCAAAUACAUACAGGAGUUAAGAAUUUUAGUUGCGAAAUCUGCAAUAUAUCGAUUGCCCGAAAAAGUGACUUAAUUAGACAUGAGCAAAUACAUACAGGAGUUAAGAACCAUAGUUGCGUAAUUUGUAAGAAAUCGUUUUCCCGAAAAAGUGACUUAAUUAGACAUGUGCAGGUACAUACAGGAGUUAAGAACUGUAGUUGCGAAAUCUGCAAUAAAUCAUUUUCCCAGAAAAGCAGUCUUCUGAGUCACAUGACAGUUCAUACAGGAGAGAAUAUCUCGAAGUGCGAAAUCUGUGAUAAAGCAUUUUCUACAAGAAGUAAUCUAAAGCAACAUAUGGCAAUACAUACUGGAGAAAAGAACUAUUAUUGCAAUAUCUGUAAUAAAGCAUUUACUCAACAUUAUUAUAUUAAGAAACAUAUGUUAUUACAUACAGGUGAGAAGAACUUUAAAUGUGGAAUCUGUGAUAAAACAUUUUCACAUAAAGCAAGUGUUACAACACACAUGAGAAUUCAUACAGGAGAGAAGAAGUUUGAAUGCGGAAUUUGUGAUAAAACAUUUUCAUAUGAAAGCAGUGUUACGACUCACAUGAGAGUUCAUACAGGAGAGGAUUAAGAGAUAUUGUUGCGAAAAUCUGCAAUAAAGAAUUCUCUUAUAAACUUUCCUUUUAAAUACACAUGACAAACCAUGCGGGACAGCUGAGGGUUGGAAUGAUUCACCAAUUGUUUGAUAUUUAUGAAAUAUUUACAAGUUUGCAAUAAAGGAGAAGGCUUAGAAAAAGAUACGAGGCCUGCAAACAGAUACAAUGUAAGAAAUCUACUUACGGAGGAAAUUAAUGUGAUAUUAUCUAAAAAUAAUAAAAUAAUAAAAGCAGUAUUUUAAAAACAUAAAAAAAACAAAGAAAAA